AUGAUCCUAUCACCUGAUCGAGGUAGGCUGGACACAAAGGAGUUCAACAUGGCGCGAGGAACCAGCAAAAUUCGUCUCUACGACAGAGACGUUUUUCCUGCAGCAACCGAGGGUCCUGCUAAUGUAUUUUCAAGUAUACCAUUUCUUCUAGUGAAGUCCAGGUAAGAAACUAAGUAACAGAAUCGUCAAACGAUCUUUUCCCGCCAAAACAGUUGCUGUUUCCGUCCUAACUCUCUCAUUACUUGUCAGAAUGGCGAAUUAUUUGAAGCCUUCCAGCUAGACUUCAAAGCUCCUUUAAGCGAGCUAAUGCUCAAGUGAUUAUUUUUGUUAUGUCAGGUUAUUUUCAAGUUAUCGCCGAUAAGGGUUUGAUCGAGGCCGUGCAGCAAGAACCCUCUUUGGUGUUUACAAAAUUGAUCUUAUUAUCUGUCGUAAUAAUUAAGCUUAAAUGCUUGUAGGUUUUUAUUGGAGGCUGCAAUUGAAAACAGAUCAAAAUGCUUCACGAAAAGAUUCAAUGUUUUCUUUAUUUAAUCAAAACCGUGACUAAAUUAAGCUUAAUUCUUUCAGUUUUUUGGUUGUUUGAGGGACAAAGGUUAAACUGUCUUAAAAGUUGAUAAGACGGUAAAUUUACCAGUCAAUUCCACAACCGCCCAUCUUGGUCACGUGACCAGCUACGAACUUACUCAUUUUAAGAAAAUGGUGCGGGUUUGAAAAACCAAAUAACUAUUAUUUUGUUUAAGAUAUGACCCCCGAAUCGUUUUUCGAAGGCAAAAUCAUAUAACUUUCAUUUUCAUAAAAACGAUGUCACGUGACCUCUUAGUGCAAAUGGCCUAUUUGACUGGUGUUUUGCUCCAUACAGUGGGGAAUCUGACCCAAAGUGAGGCCUGCCUAGUUGAGCAUUUGACUUUUGUGUCAAAUCUGUGGUCAGCAUCGCAAGCAAAAGGAUUUGUAAUUCUUUCUGCAUUCAUGGGUCAUUGCUCCUAUAUUCACUGUUUCGUUGGAGCCUUUGAAAAUGCCUGUUAAAUGUGGGCUUUCUGGAAAGACCAAUAUUACAGCUUUCUGAGACUUGGCGAAUAGCGAAUGGGCUAUUGACUCAGAGGCCAUGAGGGUAAGAGGAAUAAUUGUUUGAGUAAAAUCCAACUUGUUGGUCAAAAAUAUCGAGAAUAAAAAAAUUCUAGCUAGGUAAAAGCUAGACUUAAAUCCUUUUUUGCCACCAAAAAGCCGGCACCUUUCGCUACUAGUGGGCUAUAAGAUAUAGCCUAGUAGUAGCUCAACCAAUCAGAAUGCAGCAUUGAUAAUAGACCACUAGAUCGAGCACUAGUUGGAUUUUACUAAUGAAAUAUUAUUACUGUGUUAAAGGUGGAUUGCAGAUGAUGCUGCACAGGUCUGCCCUCUUUGUUCACAGAAGUUCACCCAGAUUCGUAGAAAACACCAUUGUCGUCAGUGUGGCCAAGUCCUUUGUAGCAAGUGCUGUAAUGAGAAGGUAAAUCAGCAGUUGCAUCUUUCUCUUACAAUUAAGACACUUUAACCCUUUAAGCCCCAAUAUCCACAUACAAAUUCUCGGAACUGAUCUCUAUACAUUUUCUUAAAGAAUAAGUAGAGAGAAUUUGAUGAAAGAUCAAAGCAUUUUCUCUUAGGUGAUCAAUUUAUUAAUUCUUAUAACCAAAUCACCUGACAAUCGAUAGAUAUGGUUAGGAGAAAAUUGAUCUUGGUCACCAUUGGGACUUAAAGGGUUAAAGGGCUAUGUACGUCACGCUAUUUGCCCCAGCUUUGAGAUGAAUGCCCUUACUGAUCACUAGUAAGAUGCGCACUUAGUCACAUUUGCACAGUAUGCAUGCCCACUAAAGAUUGUCUUCAAAUCCUGCCGGCUCAAAGCAAGAAUUUUUGCAUUUAUUACAUUGUGUGCUUUGAAUCUGUUGCCAUCUUGGACCAAAUUUAUAUCAUGGCAGGGAUGAGGUCUGGCAAUGUCAGGUGGCCCCUGGAAGCCUGGCGACUUGCUUUUGGCCUUGGGUGACUAAUAAAUCUUAGUGUCUGCACACAACUUAUAUGAUGGGGUGUCUGAAUUUCCUAAUUUCAGGGGCCCAUUUCUCCAAAGUUCGGGUAACUUUUUGGCCCUGAAAUGAAAUUAAUAUUCAAAUCAAAAUCUACAGAAUAAAAGUGCAGGUCCUAGCUAGCAAACCAGUCUAUUUAGUUAGUUAACCCUUUAAGCCCCAAUAGUCACUCACAUCCAAUUUCUCCCAAUAAUCAGACUGUCUGAUCAAACAGACAGGUCAUGAGAAUGAAUAAAAUGAUCACCAAAGAUGAAAUGUUGUGAUGUUAGAACAAAUUCUUUCAAGUAUUACCAUAAGGAAUGUAUGACGAACAGUGAGGAGAAGAUGCAUGUUGAUAUAGGGGCUUAAAGGGUUAACUGAUACAUGUAGGUUUGUCAUAUAAAUUAUAGAUCUGCAAAACUGUUGUAACCUCAAACUUUAAUAUAAACAACAACAGCUUUCCUGGCCCAUAAAUUAUCGUGAUUUUCAAGAAAUCAUGGGCCCCAGAGCUUUUAAGCUCUCAACAAUAACAGCAUAGCCUUUCUAUGCCAGAAGAGGGAUGCCAACCCACACAUACAUACUGUAAAUACUUGUAGUUGAUUUUGUUUUUCAAAAAAUAAUUUUUUAAAUAAUAUCAUAAUUUUUAGGUUCCUCUUCCACAGUUGGGAUUUGAAGAACCAGAGAGAAUUUGUGAUAAUUGUCUUGAAGUCACAUCUCUUGUGACCAAAUCAAGGUCACUCCAGAUGGUGAGGUUAUAUUAACGAACUUAAUACCCCGGGUGCCAGGUUGGGGGGAGGGAGAGUGGCAUGUUAUUAUUGUGAGCAAUAUGCGUGCUUUUCUUCAUUCUUGGAAAGAUGUUUAUGUGUUUUACCAUAGUGUACCAUCGUAGUAUUCUUAUGGUAGUGAUGCUAUGCCUUGGUUCUACCCCAUUUUUUCUUGUGAUUUGUUGUUUUCUCUGUAAAUUUGAACUCAAGCCACAGAAAAAACUCACAUUGCGAGUUAAAUAUUACAGUAUGUCUAACAGAUUGAUUAAUGUGAAAUAUUUCCUUGUUUUUGUCCAAAAGAGUCUCUGAUUUGUUUUUGAUUUGGAUUUUUGUAACAAUUUUUUCCAUGCUGUCUGAGUGAAUUUGACAUUUAUUAAGACUGAGGGUCACUUUAAUAAGGCCUUACUUCCUUUUAUGCUUGUUAAAAGUAAGAACUUAAUGACCCAAUUCCUGGUUACCAGAUGGUUCCUGGUUGGUUGGACAACAAAGAACAAACCACAGCAAACCCCCCAGUUUGAUCUCUUUCUUUAUUGGCAUUAGUUGAUCUUGACUUUGUGUUGAGGUUGUAACAAGAAAUUGUGAGUUGUGAGUUAAUUUAUAUUAGUAAAGAAGACUUUUUGUUUCAAAUAUUGACUAGUUUUAGUACUGUUUUUUCCUAGUCAUUCAAGCUGGAAGCAGCUAAAGGUCUUUCAGAAUUGUGUAAAGACCCUGCCGCACUAACAAAGGUGAGAAAGAGUUGAUUUUCAAUUCUACAGAAAGAAAAUUACUUGCUGUUAAAUAUCUGUGUGAAAUGUAAGAAUUCUUUGGCGUGACUGAUACAACUGAAGUUAAUGGGAUUGGCCCAUCGAUUGUUUUCUUAACAUCUAUGUCUGGAUUUUGUAUGAAAUACCAUGUGUCUUGUGCUUAUGGUAAAUUUCAGGAAAAAUCUGCGGAGCCCAGUGUUUAUUCCAGCUAUUUUCUACAGUGUGGCUGAUGAUGGGAUUUAGAUAUCCAUGCAAGAAAGCCUAGAACAAUGACUGCAAAUGCAUUCCAAACUCAUUGCCCUUUGGGUGGCAAUCCUUUCUUUUCAGAGGACCUAGAUUUGUCUUUGUGGAUAAUGGAUAUUUAUACAACACUUGUAGCAUGAUAUCGCACACUGUUUGGGUUAGUCUCUAACCCCGGUUAGUAACGUCUGGUCUGCAAAGCAGUGCCGAGAUCCUUGUUCUGGCACCCAGCGGACUCAACAAAUUACCAGAAGUGCAUUUCAAAUUUCCCCUCAACCUGAUUGGCAAAUGGACAAUGGCUUUUCUAACAGGCCCAAUCAUGACGCAUACUCAAAUCCUGGUACAUGGGUGGGGGCUCAGAGCCACAAUUUUAGUGCUGAUAAUUUGCAGACAGCCUUAACCAGAGGUUGAGCUUUGUCUGUGGCGGAGGCUAUGUGUUGAUAAUCAGUCGACUUUACUUAUCAGGUUGUUGAAAUGGGCGGAGUCCAGACACUGAUAUUUCUCAGUCAAAGUGGAAAUGACGAAGUAAAAGUAAGUUCACAUAGAUCUACUUUAUUUAUGGUCACUUUUUGGCUGUGUUCACACGGCACUGGACAAAUUUUCAACCGGUUUCAAGAAAAACUGUGUGUUUAGGUGUUCCAUUCACGCUGAAACACCUUAACUGCACGAAAAUUUAGAAGCCUAGUCGUCCAAAUUUCUAUGUGAACAGAACAAAAAUAUUGAAUGGUCCUGUGUGAAUGAAGUGUUCUGUCAAAUUUUUCAGCCAGUAAAAAAAUUUGUCCAGUGCCGUGUGAAUGUACCCUUGUUUUAAUAACUGCUGGGUUUUAUUUUCAGUUUUACUUGUUAAAAAUCACUGCAAAACCUAACUGAAUGAGACUUGCUAAGGUUGUUCAGAGUGUAGGCUAAUAAUACGAAUGCCAUCCCAGUGCCGUGUUGAUUAUGAAUGCUGUGCUUGCGAUUAUAAAUGGCAACAGCUUCUUGGUGGUUUGUUUUAUCAGAGUUCUGCUGUUAUCUUUCUGUUUUCAACCCCAACCUGUGUUGCUUCUAUUGUAGGCUGCAGUGGCUUCAGGACUUCAGAUUCUUUCCACUCAUCCCCAGCUACAUUCAAUGCUGGCCAAGUGUGGUGGCAUUAAAGCAUUGUGUAGGUAGGAUAUACACUAUGUAUGUGCUGUUUAGUGAAGUUCAAUUGAAUAUUGUCACUGUGAUCAUAAUGAUCCCUGACAAAAGGCCAGAGAUCUCAACCAUUGUGGGGAUUGCAGUGACCAUUAUUGAAAGCAGCCUAGAACUGAAGGCUAGAUCUCUCAGUGGUCAGUUGCAAUGAUCGCUGUGAUUGCUACGAUGGUGGUUCAUAGAGUUGUUUCCAGUUAACCUCUGUGAUUGCUGAGCUUUUAUUCAGUGUUCCUAGCUACCACAUUAAGCUGUGGAGCUUAUCCCAGUUUCCUUAGCACGAAGCAUGCCCAGGAGUAUUGCUAUUCAUUCCCCUUUGAACGGGAUGCUAGUCCAUCGCAUGGUUACCCCCCAGUAGUACGUCGCCAGUACCCAUUUAUACACCGGUGAAGAGAGACAAAGUGAAGUAGAGUUCCUUGUCUAAGGAAACGCGACGGGUGAGGCUCCUGGACCCCCAGAUCAGGAGUUUAAGGUGUUAACCACUCGGCCACACCCGCCUCCAUAGUGUGGUCUAUUCUAAUUUGAUUUCAUUAACUAAUUUUCUGCAGCAUUCUUUCAACUGUCAAUGAGAGUCAGGAGCAGACACUGAUUGAUGGGAUCAGUGCUCUGAUGAUAUUUUGCAAGUCACCUGAACUAAAAGCACAAGGUCAGUAAAGGAGGUGUUCAAGUUUCCAAACACUUAAUGAGUGUAACAUUAGGUUAUAACUUUACCAUAAUCAUUACAUUGCAGGGAUUCCCCCUGACUGCUACAUGACCCCUGGCUACUUUUAUUAAUAGAUAUAGGAUUAAAAGAAACUUCGUAGCUAUUCAUUUCGGUAACUAUACACCCAGCAAGUUGAAAUUUUAGUGACACUUCUUUUGUUUUACAUCAAACUUGACCAUCUCUUUGUAAAUCAGAGAAUUUUGAGAUAAAGGAUAUGUUUUAAGGUGGACAUAUAAUGGCUUUAUGUUUUCGUUUUCAAUUCUUUUGCUUUUCAGGCAUAAAAGAAAACUAAUCAGGUUGUUUUUUUUCUGUUUUGUAGCCUUAGCAGAUGGUGCACUAGAUCCAGUUCUAACUGUAUGCGCAAUGAAAGAAGCCUUAGCACUUCUUGCUUUGAUGACGUUGAGUCACAUAGUUGAACAUCAGGGAAACCUUGCACCCCUUAUAGAGGUCAGCAUUGAUUUUGCGUUUUGUUCCUUUUAAUGUAAUAUCCUCAUACCUGUAUUCUCUGCACUGUUCUCCAUACAUUUCAUGGAUCGAUCAUUAUACACGUUUUUUGGGAAACUGCCUACCUACCCCUCCCCUAAGCCAACACUUCGCCCUAAGUGAGAAGUAAGUGUUAAUGUUGGUGUAGGGGAGGGGUAGGUGAGCAGUUUCCCAGAAAUGUAUAACGAUCCCAUUUCCUUUGGUGCUGGUGAGGCGAAUUUGUUUAACAAUCAAGACAAUUUUUUUUUGGUGAUCAUUUUCUAUAUACUCAUGAAUCACCUUUAUGUGUGGUCUAGCAGUGAUAUACUUGGAAGAAAAUGUCUGCUAGUCAUUCUAAGUUAGUUUAAGGUUUAUAUGGAUGUUGAACAUUAUCAGUAUUGGUUGCACUUAGUACUGUGAAACAAGGCAGGUCUUAAAUUUUCAUUAGUAAUUAACAUAAAAUCAAAUGAGAAGCAAUUUUCUUUUCUGCAGAGUAACAGGAAUGCUCUACCAAGAAUUUUAGCAUUGACAAAGGCACAAGAUGAAAAGGUGAAUUUUAAUCAAACAAUAUAUAAUCCAAACUACAGCUCAUUACUGUUAUUAAAUAUGAAAAUAUGUAGACCAGACUCUUGUUUAGUGUCUUCGUGUAGUAAUAUUUUGAGUUUCGGGUGCACUGUCUAGGUUCUGCUUGUCUCUUCCUCCUUAACAUCUUAUAACAUCUUACAAAGAGGAACAGUAAGUCGAGUGACCACUUAAUCCUUACCUUUUUGUUGUUGGCUUACAGGAAGUUUGGCUGUAUUAUUGUUUUUAGAUUCAAGAAAUAUCAUUAAGGAUUUUGGCACAGAUGUCUGUGGGAACAGAUUGGCAGAGGCACUGCAUCGUUCAGGUAGAGGCCACGAUGUUUGUGAUUGAUGGUUGGAGUAAAUUUAUGAUGAAAAAUGUUUAGUUUUUAUGAAUUUUUGAUAUGAUAGUCUCUGCUCUCUUCAGGAAGACUUCUCAGCUGGGCGAUGCCUAGUAGAAGCUUUGACAAAGGGACCAAAAAAUCUGCAAGUAUGUCAGUUAUACCACUUGCUUUCAAUAGUUGGAAAUAUGGGAGAACUCUAAAAUUUCGUGAUAAGAGGGUUGUCCAAUACCAUAAAUCCUCUUUUAAGCCCCCGGGAGGCUUAUUAUUUUAUUUCAAGCAUGCUUAUUGGGGGCUUAAUAGAGAGCGAGAGCUUACUAUUUGACAGGGAGGCUUAUUUAAUGUAACAAAGAUGACGGUAUCCAGAUUCUGGAUCUCUGGAGGUUGGCAUCUCUGCAGCGGUUUCAAAAUGUUUUGAAGAAGGGAGCCAACUCUGGAAAAGUAGGCGGCUGCAACAAUCGAGAUUGUUGGUCAUGAGCUAAUUGUUAUGACAAGAGUAGCCCUCAACACACAAUCAAGUAGCUGUCAGAACUCCAGCAGUCGCUGGCUUGUCUUGAAACCCCUGUCUCUGGUGAAGUGUUUCAGCCGUGAUUACAGUCAAGGGGGGCUGGGGGGGCUUAAUAAAGAGAGUGGGAGCUUACUAUCUUUCUUUCCUUGUAAAUGGUGGGGGGAGCUCAUUAGAUAGGGGGACUUAUUUGAGAGGGAGGAGGGGGACUUAAUAGAGAAUUAAUUUUUUUUGUAAUUUCCAUAACAUUAUUAUAUAUAACCAGUUUCAAUUUGUCUUUCUCAAGGUUCUUGUGAAUGCUUCAUGUCUGAUUGCAAACCUCGCAACAGGAGACCAAGACCAGGUUUGUUAUAUAAUUAUAUAUACCAGGCAUAACAAUUUAGAGACAUGGUAUAAUGUAGCCCUAAAUUCAUUCCACUAAGCAGUACUUUUUGUGUCGUAAUAUUUAUUAUGCUAUACAAGGUGAAUCUAACUUUUUGAGUCUGUGGACAAAAUCUUGAAGUUAUACCAAUCAAUGAAUGCUACUGAGCAACUACUUCCCUGUGGUACUGUUUUUUGUACUGUAAAAGGUACAUAAUAUGUCACUGCUACUUGUAAAAUGUAGUUCUUUGGUUGGCUUUGGCAGUACUUUCCAGUGGUACUGUUUAUUAUGCUGUACAAGGUGGUUCUAACUUUUGAGUCUGUGGAUGAAAUCCUAAAGUGUGACCAUUCAAAUGAAAGCUACUGAGCAGUACUUUUUCGUGGUACAGUACAUUGAUAAGCUAUUCAAGGUGGUUCUAACUUGUGGGUCUGUGAACAAAAUCCUUAAGUAAGCCAAGGCUAAAGGCAAUUAAGCUCCUGUUAACAUGGAUGUGCAUGCAAUAGCUGGGUUCAGCAGUACUUUCACCUUUCAGUACAUAUUAAUUUUACUUUGUGAAGUAUUUUUUUGCACUUGAGUAUGAAGUGCAUGUAGGAAGUGCUGAUUAUCAUUUUUAUUUUAGAUGUCCUUGCGGGAUUGUUUACAAGCCAUGUGUUCAUUGACCUCAUCACACACAGCACACAAAGAUAUUCAGGUAUCAGGUCCGAUGUAACUUUACAUGGUGAAUUAAGGCACAAAAUUUCUUUUUAGUUAGUAACUUGCCAAUAUAUAAGAGCAAAAUUAAAAAGCCUUCCAAAGAUGACAAAUAUCUGUGUUGUUUAAGUGUAUUAAAAGUCACGUGCAAUUUCUCAGGGAAAUUAUAGUAACCUUAAGAUAUAGGCUGGUCACUACCAUUGAGGGAUUUGGACACUUAAUUAACUACAACGACAGUUACAUUAAUAAGAAUUAAUUUCUUUAUAUGUUUAAUGCCCCCAUACAUUUGACAUGUGUGCUACAAAUAUGUCACAAACUUCAGGGAUGAAGCACAGAUAACUGGCUCCCUGAAAACAGGUUAUUUGUACUUUUUUAUGGAUACACUCACCCAAAUAAAAAUCUAAUUUAGUUAUUGAUAAUUGCCAUUUGUAUGUUUGUUUAUCUUAUGAUAGAAUUAGUUAUUUAUUGAGUCUUUUCCUUUGAAUCAGUCCUUUUUUCAUGAUAUUAAUUUUUUGUCCAAGAGCACAGAUAAAAAUUAAUAAUAUUCUGCAAUCCCUGAUUGGUUUCGUUCUAUUUAAGCUGGUACAUGAACCUUUAGAGGGUGUAUGUUACAUUUCAUUUCAGUUAAAAUCUACUAGAAUUACUAUUUAGUAUCAAUUUUUAGUGCUAUUUUUGGGUUCUUUUCCAUUAGGAACAUUUAAGUAUUUUUAAUUACCUUUUAGUUAUAGUUUUUCCAAGCAAAUGACUAUUAAUUAUUAAUCUUUUAAAUGUACCAUCCAGACCCAUGUAUCCAGAGGACUUGGAAACUUUGCUAAGUUCCAUCAAAAUUCUUCAAUCCUGGUAAGAUUUUACUAGAUUUAAAAAUUAAAAAUUUCAUUUUUGCCACGCCUGCCAAAUCUUCCCUAUUAAGUCAUGUUCACACCUGCAGUUUGAAAACUUCAAUCUUACACUAGCUCACAAAUGUAUAAGAUAUCUGUGCUUUUCAAAAAAACUCCAAAGUUAAAAAGCCAACUUAUGUUUUUGUUCUUUACUACCGUCAAUCAUUUUGUUCAUUGCUGCCAUCAAUCAUCUUAGCGGACCUCUAGCGAAACAGACCUUUGCUUCAACGAGUUUAAAAGGUCAUAGUUUGUCAUUUGUAAUUGGUGGAUUUCAAUCCCUUUAUUAGUUUUCUGAGUUUUGAGGUUAGUUGCUUGUUAUUGUAAUAAAUAAUGAUUGAUAAGGGCAGAAAACACUGUGACAAUAAAAUUAUUGUAAGCUGGCUUUUAAAGUUCAGAGUUCACAUGUUGUUGAAAAGUGCAGUAAGUAAAAUGAACUGCACAGAACCAAUGUGAAAUUCCAUGUGAAUGUUUUGCUCCUUCCCUGAAAUCUGAAGCUAAGAACUUCAGAUAUCUUUGGUGGAAAAGGAAUGUCUUUGGAAAAUCCUGGCACUAACUGGAUAAAAAUCUCAUGCCUUGCAUCCAUAAAAAGUGGCUGUGGCGGUAUUAAGAAGUGGGAUGCAAGGAGAGUCAUUUUUACAGCUUGCCAUUCGGGCAAGCUGAAGCUAGCAUAUACUAGCCAAACGUCAUUUCAACUAGCCCCAAAAACUUUUUGAUUAGCAGAAUUGAUUCCACAGUUCUUCUGUAAGUUGAAUUCCUCAAAAAAACGUCACUUGCCCAUCGGGCAAGUUAAGAACAGAAUUCACUAGCCCGAUAGUAAAAUCCACUAGCCAUGGGCUAUCGGACACGACUUUCUUUGGACGCUGUAAGAAGGUAGUUUGAUUUUUACUGGUCAGUAAAAUGGUCAGACCUUGAGAUAAGGGGGGGGGGGGGGGCGGUCAUCCAGACCCUUAGAUAUGAUAAGGGGGGGGGGGGGUGCGGUCAUCCAGACCCUUAGAUAAGGGGAGGUCGUCCCCGCCCCCAAAUUUUUUUUGGCACUUUGGGCCUCAGUUUUGUCUUAAAAUUUUAGGAGGGCCCACCUCCCCUGGAUCCACCACUGCUGGUAUCUAAUUUUUCUCAUUUUUUUUUUCAGAUUGACUAUCUUCCAAGCAUUGUAGAGACACACCUCAAGGUAUUUGUCAUAAAACGAGAUGCUUUGUUUUCAAGGAUGAGUGGUAGCUUUUUGCUCCAAUGUUAGCAUUAUGUUUGUAUAGUCAACAGAUAAUGCAAUCAAGUGCCAUGGACUUAGGACGGUCAUGUACCUUAUCAGUUAUCAGAAAGAGAGAGCUGUGGAUGUGUUAUUAAGGUUUGGACGUGUGGAUGCCGUUGAUUAAAUACUCCUAGCCCCGGUUGUUCAGACAUUGGAUAGCGCUAUCCAAUGGAUAAGUCACCAUCAGAUCCAGUGGAUAAAUAUUAGGGAAACCAAUUGUGCUAUCCACUGGAUAGAAAUUUAUCCCAUGGAUAGCAUUGUUCACCUUUUGAACAACUGGGGCCCAUUCUUAAACCAAACAACAACAAUUUUUAUACUAAAAGAGUCAGAGCGAUGAUCAUUUAACAUGUAAAAGCAGUUCAUGUGUGGCUUUGUUACCUUAGUGUUGAAAGAGCUACAUGUACAGUUUCUUAAAUGCUUUUCUUGCUGCUUUUAAACAAAUUUUACUUUUUGGCCUUGUUUUCUCAAUAUGGUUAACUGAAAAUGAAAUAAAUUAUCUUGACAAUGUUCAUAACAAUUAUUAUUGCAGAUUACCAUAAGAUUAAAGGGCACAUACAUAUGCAAAGUCAGGCAAUUUUGAGGCAACAAAAGUCACCUUAAAUUUACAUCAGCCCUUUCAAACCAAGUAUUGUUGUAAAUUUUUUUGUGGUACAACUUACCUCAUUUUGAACACGUGCAUGAGAUAUGUACUUGGACCUCAAAAGAUUUCAUGGGCUUAGUCAGCAUGUAUCUUUUAAUUUUCAUUGCCAUUUUCAGGGAAGGUGCCCAUGAAGUUCUCACAAGUCUUGGCACAUUCAAUGGAAUUGUUGAUGCAGUUGAAACUGGUUUGCUUAAAAUUGUACCCACCCUUAGUGAUUGUACUAUUACAAAGUGA